AUGACUAUUCUACCGGAGGUAUCUCAUCAGGAUAGCACUGGUCCUGGUGGAAGAAGUCAACCAUUCCAUCUUGCAAAAAUAUGGGAUGAUCAGAACAAUGAUAUUUUAAAUGGACAUGGUAUAGGAUCAAGAGAAUCUAUAGACAAGGCAACUUCAGUUUCCGCAUAUUGCUGGAAGUAUGAGAAUGGUGGUUAUACUGAGGCACCUGGUAAGGCCAUCUUGGUAGGGGUUACUAUCAGUGAUACUACCAAUAAAACUAGGUAUUAUUCCAAGAGUAAGGAUGGUGGCAAUAAGUGGACUGAAGAUGAUAAGCUCCAAAAAAAUGGCGAACUGCUUGAGAAAGUACUUGAUGACUUAGUUUGUCAACAUUACAAUGGAGUUACUAUAGACCUUACCAAGAAUAAAUCUUCGCAGGGAAACAAGUACUGUUGUGAUACUCAUAAAGAUAGGGUCACUAUUAAGAAAACGACAGUUUCCUGUAAACAGCAUACACAUUCAAAGACUGAAUACUUCAAGCAUGAGAUUACUUCUGGCGGUGGCUAUCAACUUUCAGGCAUUAAGUACUACUCAAAUGGUAAUAAUGGCAAUGAAAAGGAUAGGAAGCGCAUAAAGUCUAUUAACCUUGGUUAUCCAAUUUCCGGUGUAACCGCUGUCUACGCUUUCUACUGUGAGCGUGAUCCUGUACUUGUUUAUGUUUAUGGUGGAAACUCAGCUACAGGUUGGUAUACAAGGCAAAACGUUAGUAAUAAUAAAGAUGAACAGUGGGAAAAAGUUCCAAGUCUCAACAACAUAACACCUGACAAUUUCAGGAAUCUUGACUGUGAUAACUGGAAUAAACUUAGAGAGGUACUAAAGAAAUUUAAAUGUGAAGGCUUGCAAGAAUGUCUUGAUCCAGAACAUCUUGGACAGAAUGGAGUUCAACGUGAGGAAGUCCCUGCUGCUGACUUAUCUGACCAGGUUCCUGAUACAGAGUCUGAGACUAAGAUUCUUCUGCAAGGUACUCCAGUAGCUCAAAUGGCUGAAGAUGCUAUAGAUGGUGAAAGACUAAAACAUCUUAUUGUUACUCCUAGUGGAUGUGGAGAACCUGCUGAUUCUGGUCUUGAUCCUAUACCUCCUCAAGCUGUUACUGGUUUUGAAAAACUUAUUGCUGCCGCAGGUGGAGCUACUGGUCUAGGAUAUGCCUUCUCAGAACUCCUCGCCAAGGUUAGGGAGAUCGAGCUCAAGCCCGUAAAGGGAGACAAGAAGGUGCCAUGGAUAGAAUCUCUGGCCGUUAUCGCAACAACUACUUGUGACUCUAUUGACAAGAAUCAGACGCUGAAAAUCGAAGAACACUUCAAAGAAAUCGCAUUAAACUGUGUCAAAGUUGGACUCGGAAAGCUAAACGCUCUAAAGGUCAAAUUUAACCGACCGAGUGACUUUUAUGCUGAAAUGCUCAAGAGUGACGGUCAAAUGACUGCAAUAAUGAAAAAGCUUGAAAAGAAACAAGAAGACCUCCUAAAGAGGAAACACAAAUAUGACAAGAAAGUUAAGAAUAAGUUCAAUAAGCGUGUAAAGGAACUGGAAAACAAGAACAAAUUCAUAAAGGAGGUGAAGGGUGUUUUAAAGGGAAAGAAAAAGGGCACCAAUGUCCAAGAAGAGAUUGACAAGGUUAUCAAGAAGCACGAACAAGCUACUGGCAAACCAAAAGCCGCCAAGGUAGCCAAGGCAGGCUCUGGUAAAGGAAAGGGCGUAAAGACUGAAGUACCCAAGAAGGGAGGACGUGCCUCUGGCCCCAAAAAGGGCAAGUCGGAAGUUGCCGCAAAAAAAGCCGUGAAGAAGGAAAUCAAGAAAGCCCCCGCAAAACCAGCUGCUGCAAAGCAAAAGGUGGCCAAGGCGGCUCUCAAGAAGCCAAAGGUAGAAAAGAAAGCUGAAAAGGCUCCCAAGCCCGGAAAGGCUGCUGUGAAAAAGGCCGCAAAGAAGGAAAAAGUGAACAAGGUCAAGGCUCAAAAACCCGUCAAAAAGGCUGUUGCUAAAGCUCCAAAAAAGGGCAAGGCAGGAAAGCAAAAGGGUGGUAAGAAAUGA